AUGAUCUACCAUCUUGUCGAGAUCGAGAUCUUGACUGAACCCCCAGAAGUUGACAUUACGACCCGGCUUGGCGAGCUCUCUGUGGAGAACUACGAUGGCGAUGUCAUCGCCCAGUUCACGCCCGCGGCCAGGGAGGAGAUGGAGGCUUCUACGUUCGGUCUCAUCCAGUCCCGCAUCCUUGUGAGUGGGCCGCCAGAAGAGUUUGAACAAUUCUGUGACCAGAGGCACCCCAUUGCUGCUUCGUUUCGGGAAGGCGCCAAGAACGUGCGUGCGCGGUUCACCGAGAGGUUCGACGAAGCAGCGAGCGUUCUGGCCACGGAGGUCUUCGCCCAAGCUUCCCGCCUCAUCGAGGAGCCCCUGUGGAGGAAGUCAGCGGGCUUCUGCCAGAAGCUGCAUGCCUUGGAGCAAGCCUACGAGGGCCUUGCCCACUUCUCUGUGCUAUCCGCACACUUCAGCAUCACUCGCGCGCUGCAGUCAGCAGCGCACACCAAGAAAGAGACCUGGUGGCGCGUCCAGGUUUGGGGACCCGUCUUGGAUGGGCUUCUCCACGACAUCAGCAAGACGGAUCUCGAUCGGGGGAGAGCCUCUGGCGAGCUGUCCUCCGGGUCAGCUCGUCGCAAACACCCGGACAUGCAGCUCUUCUCGGUGGCAACGCCUUCCGAUCUGGACAAUCGCGUGGCCUUCCUUCAGGUCGAGGAUAAACCCUCGAACGCUGCACCAACAAACCGGUUCACGACGGGCGUCCCCCCUGAAGCCUACACGAGCGGCCAAGCUGAUCGGUUGAAGCUUGCUCGGGGGCUGGCGGCGACACUACACGCAAGGAAGGUCUCAUCAGCUGGCCAGAUCUGCUUUGGCGUGCAGUGGAUCGGCUACGAGAUCUCCAUCUUCGCCAUGACCCGGCAGCACGCCAACUUCUACGCCUUCACGGAGCUCUUCCACGAUAGCAUCGAGAAUCAUCCAGAGCGGGUGUUCUGGGCCAUACUCGCGCUGCGAUCGCUCAUCCAAGACCAGGCCAACCUCGAGUUUCCCUCACAGCGUGGAGCAGAACCAGCCCGAGACCCCAAGCCCAAAGAAAUGGAGUCCAAGAGGGGGUCCUCUUCCACAACGAGAAACCAGCGACGCAAGGGACGCGGCGGAACGAAGGACGCCAUCGCACACGAAGCAGCUUUUCGAGGACUCGAGUACGAUCCGCUGGUGCCGUUGCCAGUGAGCGUGGAGGCCAGGUGGUUGCCCGGCAGCGCGGGAAGAUACGGCGACCUGCAACGGGUGUACGCUCCGCUUCACGGCGAGAGUACGGUCUGGCGCGGCGUGCGCAUGGGCGACCAAUUGCCGGUGGCGUUGAAGCGCGUUGCGGGGGAUCUGUGGAGCAGCGAGCGGGAACUAUCCAUGCAUCUUGCCGCCACCGGUGUCGUGCCGCUGCUGGACACGUUCUGGGAUCGGCCGCUUGGUGAAGGAGGGAAGACGUCAGCUCGCGUGCUGGUGAUGCCAUUCCUCACAUGUUUGGCUCCUCGCGGUCACUGCAUUCCGCUCAGGCACGCUGACGUGGUACUGUGCCUGCACAACCUGCUGGCCUGUCUGAGGAAGCUGCACGAGCGGCGAGUCGUGCACAUGGACAUCAAGCCCUCCAACCUCUUCGUCAUCUACGCCGACACCGCUCCCGCCGAUGCCAACGACCAGGCCGAAACCCGUGACCGCACCAUCUCAGAGUUCCUGCUUUCCGAUUUUGGCCUCUCACGCGUCGUUGGGAGUCGGUUGCACGAGCCUGUGGGCACACGUGACUUCAUGCCCACGGAAGUAGCGUUGUUAGGGAACGACGACCAUGAGGACGACGAGGCUCACUGCUGUCACCACCACCACGACAACUACCUUGAGGUGAGCCCAAAGCAGGACAUCUACAGCCUUGGCCGAACGAUUGACUGGCUGCUCAAUCAGAAUCCCCUCGGGAAACAACAAGAGAGACCAAUUCGCAUGCUCACCCGAAAGAUGCAGCACGCCCACGUCAAUCAGCGACCAACGGUGAAGGAGGCCCAGCAGCUGUUCCAGCAGUUUGCCCUUCAUCCAGAUGGGCCGACCAACUCGCCGUGA